AUGCAGCAAUGGAAGUGGAGGAAUGAGCAUGAAUACGCCACUGCAAUGAAAACGCACAUACACACACUGAAGGGCGCUUCUGGAGACGUGGAUCCAGUUAUGCGAAAAUUAUUUGCGGACGAACUGUUGUAUUUUUACAAUUGGGAUGGCAGAAAGGAAAAAAAAGCGUUGUCUAACCUAAAUUUAGUCAACCAGAUUUUAUUUGACGUGUUUGUGACAAAAGGUCGACUGCAGUUUGAAAAAGAGGUGAAGAAAGCCGUGGAACUCAGCCACAAUCGAUUUCAACAUAAGAAAGCAAAGGUUUAAUUUUUUAUUAUUGAAUUAAUUUAAAUUAAUUUGAAUUAAUUUAUUAAU